CCUUGUGAGCUUGGCUGGAAGUCACAAUUGCAACAGCUAUAUGGUUCUUUGGAUCGCACGGUGUCGACACCUCUUAAUGGUGGGUUUUACCGCUGCCCGUGAUAGGGCAGUCAUCGAUCAAAACAUGUAACUUGGAAGCAAUCUUACAGCUUUAAAGUCCUGGCUCGUUGAUUCCUGGCUUCCGGACUCUAUAUCCCGUGGAAUGUUGGGACCGGCAUCCGGAGCUAGAGAUGUCCCGAAAUUCUUCAGAUUGUACCAACAUUUCGUCCAACCCUCGAAACGAUAUGAAACUGUGUAAAAAAAGAAGUAAAAGUACGCACACAAACUCAUUUCAUCCCCUCCCCUAGGCAUACUGCAAGCCCGCUAGGCGUGUUAAUGUUUGACCUGAAACAUUUCGGUAAAUUCGUUGGCCUUCACCCGGUUUUUUUUUCUGAUUGUGUUUUGUUUGGGAAAGCGUCGAGUUCGUUUCCGCGUCAUCGGAGAGGAGUAGUCGGCGAGACAAUAUAUCGCAACGAUACGCGCGCAAGUCGUUGAAAGUGAGCGUGACCUUGUGGUCGAUCGCGCGCCGCCUUUCUUCGCUUAGGGCGGCGCGUAUGUGUCCGGGGGGAGAGAGGCCAGUGUCGUAAUCGUAUCGCUUGAUACGCAACCGACCAUUCGUUACCUUGGUGAUAUUGGGCAGAUAGGCAGUAGGUCGGUCAUUCAGCCAUUUAUCACUGGCACUGUACAAUGGAGUAGGAGCUUAAGAAUGAUUUAAUCAUGAUACAAUAAUGAGUAGUGUUGAUUGUAUGCUGAUGAUUGGUGCUAGGCUAUACAAUCUCAAGAGGACUUGCCUACGAUCAGUAUAACAGGUCAGGAAGAAGCUCACUGUAACAAAAGCACAAAACAAAGCAAAAAACGAUUGCGAGUUGGAGUUUCCUAGCAGUAUGUGUUCUGUUAUUGAAAAUCAAAGUCCUCACCAAAAAACACACUUUAUAGCACUAUUUUAUUGCUUAUCUACUCCAUCCUGUUUCGUGUACAAUUCACUUACCAACCUUAAUAUGCUUCGAUCUCUCUCUCUCUCUCUCAUAUCUCAUUGGUCCCAAAAAAUCUGAAGUCGUUCAGUAAAAAUUGGAAACAUCAGGAUCAGUGCACCACAUCGUGCAAGUGUCGUCUGAAGAGACCUACCUGGUGCCUAUCCCUUCCCCCAUAGAGAGCUUCUACUACCAAACACCCCACAAAUUCCCCACUCCGACGUCCGACGGGCUUUUUGCGUACGCUUACCCUCUCCCAGCCAUAUUUGUUGCUUCGAUAUUUUGCUUCGUCCGCUGUUUGCAUGUUUCGUUUGUUCGGCCACCACUAGCCGAACCGGUGGCUGUUUUCAUCACAAUUUCCCAGCCAUUUACUGUUCGCGUGUUGGUCAAGUAACGUGUGGCUGCGCUCCGGUACGACACCCAGCACACCCAGCAGCUGGUUCAGUUGGUGCUGUGCACGCGUGCAACAGAAGCUGUGCCUCUUGGUGUCAGCAAAAGCUUCUUCGAGUUUGAGCUUUGCCAACAGCAAAAAAAAAAUCCUUACAGAGGACGUGUGUGUGUGUCUCGGUGUGCUAAAACCAAAACCUUUUAUACAACACUGCACUGCGAUGUCAUCCAUGGAGAAGUUCUUUCGUGGCAUAGCGAACCCACCCGUGCUGGAGGAUGCCACCGGUAAGCACGGCUCAUCCUCGGAACUAACCCCGACAGGAUGGCGCGAGAAGGUAGUCGCGUACGACGACGCACCGGAGCAUUUGCGGUUCAACCCAUUCAUCCGCACCGGCUACCGGACGUAUCUGUCCGCCCGCCUAUGUCUGGAGAGCAUGUUCUGGUGGACGAACGAGACGGUUAACAUCUGGAGCCACAUACUCGGACUGUGCGUGUUCCUGAUCCUGGCGUACUACGAUACCGCCAUGCUGCAGAUACAGGCCAGCACGGUCGAUAAGGUGAUCGUCGGGAUGCUGCUGCUCAGCUUCCAGCUCUGCAUGAUCUUCUCCUCGAUCUAUCACACAUUCUCGUGCCACUCGGCCGACAGCUACGAUCGGCUGCUCGCGUUCGACCUGUUCGGUAUCGCGCUGUCCCUGUUGGCCAUCUUCAUGAGCGGCAUCUACUACGCCUUCUGGUGCAAUCAGCCUUUGCGCGACUUCUACAUGAUCACGAUCGGGGUCAUCUUUGCCGCGGCCAUGGCCCUGCAGAUACCGCAGCUGAACGUGCACUCAAACAUGAAAAUGUUAGCCUUCGUUGCCUGGGCCGCGUACGGUGUCGUACCCACGCUCCACUGGUACUUCGUGAUGGGCGGCACCGAGAGUACGAUGGUGAAGAUCUUCAUUCCGCGCGUUGCCGUGAUGUAUGCGCUGUCCGGGUUUGCCUUCCUAAUCUAUGUGGCCAAGAUACCGGAACGUUGGUGUAUCGGCUGGUUUGACUGCAUUGGACAUUCGCACAAUCUGUGGCAUUUGAUCGUGUUGGCAGCAUUGUGCUACUGGCACAACAGCGGUCUUGAUUUUGCCAAUUUCCUCAUCGAAAAUGGUUGCGUUAAUGAUAGAGCGAAAUGUUACGCACUCACCGUCACUGAUGGGCACUAGAGAGCAAAAAGAGCAAACCACAGGACAGGAGCUCAGCAGCUCGCAUGGCUACGAAUCGUUGCGGAGAUGCAUAUUGCAGCUGUGUCCCUGAUACUGUUUUUCCUCCCCAUAUCACACCCAAAAAGCAAAAACAAAACCACCGUAACCUGUAACCGUACCCUUCCCAACAAACGUCCCUUCAAAUACCCCCUGUAUUGUAAUGUUUGGAAGAUCUUGAACCGUUGGGCCAUCCGAUGAAUGGGUUGCCUUCGGAAUCACUAGUUUUGUUUCCGCUGUUCUUCGUUAUUUCUUGCUUAUUUUCUUGAUGGUUGAGGGAUACAGACUUUGGUGCAUUUGGUUUUGCUGCUCCCACUGUAUAUGCUCUUGUUUUAUUGAAGUUGCGUCCAUAAAAACCGUGGUUGGGUUUUUUUUUGGUCUGAGAUCUCAUGAUAGAGAGUUGCUCAAGUCAUAGAGCAGGUUUCUUCAUCUUUUAAAACAUAGGUUCGAAGUAUCACAACACAGAGAGAGAUAAGGAGGGUGUUGCGAUGUCUAAAUCGCUUAUUUUUUAAACAUGAAGUCCUGAGAAAACACUUCAAGUAUAUAAUGGUAAAACGCCGAAGAACGAUUUGCUCACUUAUGAUCACUACCGCCUACCUCUUCUUCUUCUAUCGGGAGUUCCAAUCCUCUAUUUCCAGGUUCGUCCUGAUUAGUAUACCGCUCUCGUUGUUUAGGUAGCUGUCAUUUUAAACUUUCAAAUACAUGCCAAGCACUUUUAUGCAUGACUUAUACAGUUCAGACGCAUGGUAUUAAUGGCCGCGAAUUUUUAACUCGACUGCUACUUACAAAUCGUUUCAUAUCCUCGCAUCUUCAUCACAUUUGCGCAUCCAGACAACGCGAGGCUCAACACACACAAGUCAUUGCAUCACCAUCACACUCACCAGCAGGAUUCUUACCGCUUUGCUUACCUCGAGGUGCAAGACGCCUUCAAAUCCAAACCCAACCACGUUUUUGUACACAUUUAGUCAUAUUGUGAACUUACUAACCCGUGCGAAUGGUGCAUGUGUAAGCCUCGCCUAACGAAAUGAUCGACGGGAACAGCGGAAAUGGGAACCAGCAACCUCCUGGAUAACAUCUCAUCCUCACCUUCCAACCCCUCCCAACCCUUCAUUCAGCCCUCUGUACAAUCUGCCAAAAGUAUGCAUUAAUAAUUCGUUUGCCACUACAACGCAUCCGUUUUGUUAUUUCCUUUACCUUUUCUCUUUCCGCCGCUCGUACUUCCGGAACCUUCCACAAAACCACACCACAUGCACACACACAUACACACACAAUCCUUGUCCCCCAUUCCAACUCACCGCAACGAUCCUGCUGCCAACGCGAUACACAGGCAUGAAGUAUGUCGAGUUCCGGAUGACACACGGAUGCUCUGCCGGCGUACAGUACGCGUAGUGUGGAGCCCGGCGCACACUCAAUAUGCCGUGUCUUGAUGCACUGUCGCAAGGAUUGGCGGGAGCGUUGUCAGCAGUAGUAGUCCCCGCAGUACGGAGAGUUGCGGAGGUGAUCAUCUGAAUAGCUGAAGGGCGCGUAUCCGUGUGUACCAUGGAGGCCUUCUGUCACGACUGCACAGUGGAGAAGGAGAACUAGGCUACUCUAGCGGGACGUUCUAGAGUGAUCGCAUCUAGUUUGCUGACCUAAAUCGAUGGCCCUCUAUCUAUUGCCUCUUUCUCACCGGGACGCCACAUCACCACACAUCACCGAUCCUCUGUUUCCUGAGCGAGCAGAACAGGGUUGUUUCACCUCACCGGAGCUUCGUGUUGCUGUUCGACCUCACCGAAGCGCCGGCUGACAGGGGGAAAACAAAAUGGAAGCAGGACAGCAGUGUGCAUGUGUGUAUUGAUACCGAAUGAAGGCAUAGGACAUAACAUCAGGUACCUACUGCAGUGGAGAAACCGUUGCCCAUACAGUGAAGCUGUCGUCUAACUGUGUGCGAUCUAGAACUCGGAUUUCUGUGUUUGUUUUGUUUUAAAAUAGUAAAGAGUAGAACGUUUAACCACUCGAAUGACAACCGUGCGCGUACCAACCGCACACGAGUGUAGAGACUGAGCAGCGGACAAUAAGCGACAACUAGCGAAGGAACGAUGAUGCCUUUCUGCGACAAGGCCAUAACAACGACACCCAUCCUGCACCAUUCCUGCUGCUGCAUCCGCGACGAACCGGAGCCGAAGACGUGGCAGCUAUAGAUAUUGUACAAAGAGGGACGUGAUAGGAGCGUGCGUGUGAACCUUGCGGAAACCAAAACGGAGCACGGAGUUUAAUCACAGAACACGGUUAGGUUGGAAUAAGGAGCAGUAGGGUACACAUGGUAGGGAUUGUAAAUUUUUGUAGAAUCUUGGUAGGCUUAGCAUUAAGACGACUGCAAAACGUAAUUGUAAAUGGACGCGAAACACAUGUGAAACGAUAUUUUAAGGGACAAGGAUAUAGGACGCGGGUACGCCGCGCACCCAAUAUGCCAAAGUGAGUGGAGUGGCUAAAACACAGGAUUGCUCAAUUAUCUUAGAAGUGAUGUAAAGGGUUUUGCUGGUGACGAGUGGUAAGGACAUGCUUUACAUGGAACGAUGGAGAGAAAGGCUAUGAGAAAUUAUUAAGAACAGUGGAUGCAGUGAGCAGCAGCAGUUGCAGUAUGAACAAGAGUUAUACUUCUCUUGUUUUUUUUUUCUCUUGGUUGCGUUCUUAACCCUUAUGCACACGAUAGUGAAGCUUUUAUACUGCAAAAUAAAAGCUAGAACAUUAAA